CAAGCUGACGGGAGCAGACUGCAGGACGUUAACAGGAACUCAGCAGCAGAUAUGGUUCUGGGCAGGAGUCUGGAGGUGCCGGUCAGUGACUUGUCUCUGCUCAAAGACAUCUGGGAGGUCCGGGUGAAGAAACACCGUCAGAGACAGAAGAAGGAGCAGGACAGGCUCGAGCAGAGCGCCCUCCCCAAGAUCGACCAGCAGUGUCAGUAUCGUAUUUACUGUAAAACUCUGAAGACCAAAGAACUCAACCUGCUGCAUCGUUACCUGGAGAGAUCUACACUGACUGGUACACAGGCGAACUCAGAAGCAGAGCAUCUGGAGCAAGAGGAUCCAGAGCAGAGCAGACUGGUCUUCCAGCUGGAUGGAGACCAGUGGACGGACUUCCCCAGAGAGCUGCAGUGGAGGACGUACCUGAGAGAGUGGCACGUCAGCGGGACGAGGAUCAGCCGGCUGCCAGCGUUCCUGUCUCUGUUCACUCAGCUCACCGUCCUGGAGAUCCCCAAGAACACCAUCACAGAGCUGCCUCCAGAGAUCGGUAAACUGGCGGCUUUGAGGGAAUUGAACGUGAGCUUCAACCGUUUGUCCAAAGUUCCUCCAGAACUCGGAGACUGUGAGAACCUGAAGAGACUCGAACUCACGGGGAACCACAACCUGUCGGAUCUGCCGUUCGAGCUGAGUGGCCUGAAGCAGCUGGUUCACCUGGACGUGGCAGAGAACCGCUUCGUGUCGAUCCCCAUCUGCGCCCUGAGGAUGAGCGGCCUGCAGCUGCUGGACCUGAGCGACAACCUUCUGACCGACCUGCCGCAGGACAUGGACAGGCUGGAGCAGCUGGUCACUCUGUUCCUCCAGAAGAACGAUGUCUCUUAUCUUCCUCAUUGUCUCGCUGAAAUCACCACACUGAAGAUGAUCGUCGUCAACGGAGACGCCCUCACCUGCUGCCCCACCAGACUGUGCAGGAACCCCGACAUCAAGUUCAUCCGACUGCGCGACCGCGCGAGUGCAGAGAAGAAGAAGAAGAAGGAAGAGGAGAAGAAGAAGAAGGAAGAGGAGAAGAAGAGGAAGAGGUGGAGAGAGCCGAGGGAGGAAGAGGAGGAAGAAGAGGAGGUGAAGGACAGCAGAGAGAAGGAGUUCAUCGAGGCGUACGUCAGCUCCCUGAAGGACCGAGACACGGUCCCUGAAUCCACCACCAAGGUGUCCAUCUCCUGCCUCCUGUGAGGAAGAGGAGGAUGAAGGACGACCAAAACACAUGAAGGAAGAAGAAGAAGUUUGCACUGUUGCAAGAUUAUUUUAGAGUAUUAUGAGUUUCUGCAAUAGUUUUACAUAUUAAAAUUGAGUGUAUAAAAAAAAGAAUACCUUAAAAAAAUGUAAAUGUUUCAUUCCAAAAUGCAGAUUUCCAACAUUUGAACAGUUCGACGUCAAAACACUGAAAGUUCACAGCUUCGUAAUAACAGAGUUCACUAUUUAACGAUUUAAAUGUUGGUCCUUGAACAUCACACGCAGGGACUGGAACUUCAAUGGUUGAAGUUGUAAAAGUGACAAAACAAGAGAAAUGAGAUUGAACCAAAUAAAAACAAUUAUGAAUUAAUAAAUAUAAAUUAAUCUUAUUACAUUUAUUAUUGAUCAAGUUUAAAUUCAGUGAUUUUAUUUAGAAAAUGUCGUGUUUGUUGUUGAAUGAGUGACACUUUGAUUGAGAGUUGUGGUUAUUUAUUAUUAUUAAAUAAUAAAGCUGUUUUUGUCUGAUUUUCAAAAAGGUACA